AUGGCCACCAGCGAUGCAAAGCCCAUAUCAUCUUGGGAUGGCCCUCACCAACUGCCGACCACCGAUUGCCUUGGUGUGCAGAUCCCGGAGGGUACCUCGCCUGUACAGGUCUUUUGGCGGGACCUGCUUGCGCUCUCUUGGGAUAUCCGUACACUUAUAGGCGCUACUCGCAUUAACGACUACCUCGAGAAACAUCUGGCUAACUCGGGCUUGCGUGAUCUUACGAUUUCAGACAAACCAUGGUUGGAGCCCACUCUCGAGAAGCCAUACCCCGACUUGACCUUUGUUCAGUUCGCAUUCACAUUUGAGAACGCUGUCGGGAUAGGGUCCGGCCUUGCUCGCCUGGUGUACACCGGCGGUGUAUGGAAGGCUUGGACAAUGUUCACAAGUCUCGGUUCUUUAAGAGAAUUUCCAGAGAAGAUCGGUCCUCUCCGUGAUGCAACCAUGUAUCAGGGUACUUGGACAGAAAAGCGGCGCGCAGAGACGGAUAUGGAAGGCGGCAAACCUGCCGUCGUGAUCGUCGGUGCUGGUCACAGUGGACUAGAGACCGCCGCUCGUCUUAAGUACAUUGGCGUUCGCGCACUGGUUGUUGAGAAAAAUGCUAAAAUAGGCGACAACUGGCGACAUCGCUACAAAACUCUGUCUUUGCAUGACACAGUUUGGUUUGAUCAUUUGCCAUACAUGUUAUUUCCAUCCACAUGGCCCGUUUAUGCUCCUGCGCAAAAGCUGGGAGAUUUCCUGGAGAGCUAUGCUCACCAUAACGAGCUUGAUGUUUGGACGUCGUCAACGGUGAAAGCAGCUCAGUGGAAUGAGAAAGACAAGACCUGGGCUAUCACUGUUCAGAGGCGCGAUUCCGUCAGAGUGCUGUGCGCCAGACAUGUCGUCUUCGCAACUGGCUAUGGCGCCGGAAACCCAAAUGUUCCGGAUAUUCCUGGUCGGGACAAAUUUGUGGGGAAGGUCAUUCACUCUACUCAAUACACGUCAGCGGAGGAGUUCCUAGACAAGAAGGUUGUUGUUGUUGGGGCUUGCACAUCAGCCCAUGACAUUGUCCAUGACUCCUAUAACCAUGGCAUUGAUGUUACGAUGUUCCAACGAUCAGCCACGUAUGUCAUCUCGAAACAAGCUUCUGGAGACAGCCUGAAGGAGCUGUACAACGAUCGAGUGCCAUUAGAGAUCGCCGAUCACUACACAUUCUCGACUCCUCUUGCGCUCCUGCGACUAAUGUCUCAGCGUGCUGUGCCAACGAUUGCUGCCACUACCGAUAAGUCUAUCCUGGACGGUCUAGCGCGAGUAGGCUUCAAGACAAACAUGGGAUACGAUGGUGCUGGCAUCUUUCCACUCUGGCAGAGUCGUGGCGGAGGAUACUAUAUCGAUACUGGAGCGUCGCGGCUCAUUGCUGAUGGUAAAAUCAAACUCAAGAGCGGAGGAUCUAUUGCAUCCUUCACCCGUACCGGGCUUCGCUUCUCAGAUGACUCCGAGAUCGCCGCCGAUGUAGUCAUCUUUGCCACAGGCUUUGGAGACAACCGAGAGAUAGUCAAGGAUAUCUGUGGUCCAGAUGUGGUUUCCAAAGUCAAGCCUGUAUGGGGCCUCGACUCUGAGGGCGAACUUAGUGCCAUAUACCGUGACUCCGGUCAUGAGCGUCUAUGGUUUGCCCUGGAGAUCAAAGCAAUUGAAGAGGGUCUUGUGGGUGCUUGA